ACGUCCCCUGCCGCCUGAUCAACCUCGCCGUGUUGGCUUUACUGGACCCGAGCCUAAGAACCUGUUGGCUCCAGCAACCGGACGAGAAAUCGUGGACGCUACAUUUGGCUGAAUACUCGUGGAUUCAAGCGACACAUAGCAGAUUUGUUGCUGGUGGAAUGGAAGAUUUGAUUUAGUAUGGUUCGCGGAAUUGUUGCUAUUGGAAUGAGUUAUUACAUCUCCUCUGCAGACUUGUCGCUACUGGAACGAAUGAUUCUUUUAAAAUUUAUGUUCAAUGAUGAUCUUGGCUUUAAAGAUUUGCUUCAGCUUCUUGUUACUGGUUCUUUUCCUGGAAGUUCUUCAUGUUGGCAAGGCACCAUCACAUUGGGAAAUUAUAUUAGUUGACUACUUGAGUGGGAGAAAAUGAGCUGUGAGGCUCCAUUUCAUCGCUGAGCUUUCAUGGAGAAGAUUUCGUUAGCAUGGUUCUGUAUUUAUUUAUUAUGCCUUACACGCUCUGUAAGAACUGUAAGAAAUGCAGUUUGUAUUGCUUUUAAAAUGUUAGGUAUGCUAUUUCAACCAGUUGACUAAAAUUAUUAUUUUAGCUUAGUUCUGCAUAUAAACUAUCUAAUGUGUUCUAUUGUUCAGACUUUGUGUGCCUCAGAUGGCUGAUGAUCCAUCCGAUUUUUCUUCAGAUAGAGAGUUGGGAGAUGAUCCGAUGCUUAAUCAAUUAUCUGUUUCUAGCUCAAGGAUUCCUGGAGCAACAUUUAGUCCACAGCAAGCAAACUCUAAUGAUGUGCUCAGACAUUCUGCAAUGCUUAAUCAAUCAUCUGCUCCUGGUUCAAGGAUUGCUGCCAUGACAUUUCCUCCGCAGCAGACAGAUUUGAAUGCUGUGCUGAGAGAUGCUCCGAUGCUUAAUCAAUUAUCUGCUUCUAGCUCAAGGAUUCCUGGAGCAACAUUUGCUCCACCAAACUCAAAUGAUGUGCUCAGUCAUUCUGCAAUGCUUAAUCAAUCAUCUGCUCCUGGUUCAAGGAUUCCUACCAUGACAUUUCCUCCGCAGCAGACAGAUUCGAAUGCUGUGAACAAUUUUCCAGUCAGACAUGCUCGAACAUUUAGCCAAGAAGCGGCUUUUAACCCGGGAGCUCCUGCUUUAGCAAAUGACCCGCGCAAUAAUUCCACUGUUGCACCGGCAUUUGCACCACUAUUUCUCGGUAAACCUGGAUCAGGGCAAAUGGCUCCACAUAAGUUGAUGCAGGAUACUGUUCCUCAGGAGCUGGAACAGUGCAACUAUGGUACCCCUGUGACCGGAGUACUACUUCCACACCAACCUGGACCUGAAAAAUUCACUCCACAGAUGCUGGUGCAGAAUAGAGAAGUGCUGCCCAGUGCCAAUAUCGAAGGAACAAAACCUGCAUCAGAAGUAUACCAACUAGAUCCGGUGAUACUUAGGUUGAACGUGGCUUCUUUUAUUCCACAAGAUGGCACUGAAGGUGGUGCAGGGGUGCUGAUUAGGAAUAACAACACGGCGGAGUUCAUCGGUGCAACAAAUUUUAGAAUACAAAGCACGGAGCCAGCUCGUACUUUUGCAGCUACUUGUUAUGAAGCGAUUAAAAUUGCUGAGACCCAUCAACCAAUUACUAUCAUACUGGAGUCACACCUAUUUCCUCUGCUCGAUUGGUUCUGCACCAACCAAAUUCCAUGGCCAGAAAUAGAAGAGUUGAAGGCAUUACUAAAACCCCCCCGUUGUGUGGUUCGGAAUAUUUUGGAAGAAUCCAAUGGUGCUGCUUGUCACUUGGCCAUCCAUGCUAUGCUUACGAGUACGCCCCGUCAAUUCUUCACUGAUCCUCCGGGUUGGCUCCUUCCUUACUUAUCCGGUUGUUAAGAUCAGUAACUUUAGUUACUCUGAUCUCAGAAAUGGUUCACUGCCUGCUCAGUCAGAAGUUUGAAACAAAAAAGUACUGGCAACCACAGCUUUCAUGGUUGGGGCGUCGACAUAUCCAACUAAAGCUUUCCUCCAGUGUAGAUAGUCAAAUGAAUAUAUGAUAGUGUCUUUUCGGUGAAUUGUGUACCUAUUUCUGACAGCUGUGAUGUAAUCUUGUAUGAUACAAGAUAUGAUAAAUAUAUGAACAGAAAUAAUCUCGGUUCGUGGGUGGUUAUUCU